AAAUGCUUUUCAUUAGCAGAGAGAGACUUGAAGAAGGGUUUAUUCUCCUCCUCCUUCGCACUGAUCUGAUCCAAGAAGAACGGUUAUGUGAAAGCUUCGGAUAAUUUCUCGUUGGAUCGAACCGUCGGCUUAUAGAUCUCGAAUCAGAUCAUUGACACGAAAUCGAUUUCGCGUGUUGAGCCCUAAUGGAAUCGCCUGCAAGUUCUGAUGCAACUGCGUCUCAUUCGCCGAGUGUAUCUGUUCUUUUAGAUGCUCUUGAGCAGUCUGUAUCUACGCCCAGUAUCGCAAACGGUCUUUCACAGCGACUGUUCCGCUCGUUGCAGCUUUCAAAUGAAAAUAAAGUUUCUUUCAAGGCAUUGAACGGACCUUGUCGUGUGCUCAGAUUGGCUUGCACUCAAGCCAGGGAAAGUAGGAAGUCUGCGUGUGUUGACGAUUUACUAGAGAGUAGUGACAGUGGAGUACUAGUUGAUGAUUCACUUCAUAAGAAGUCUCAAACAGAGGAUUGCUGGUUUGAAUGCGUGGAAACAUGCAUUGGGAUUUUCUCAGAGUUUUUCUCCUCAACGGAUGAUGCAAAAGCGUAUGUUUUGCGGAGCUCUGUUUGUGUCGAUUGCCUUUUUGAGCUGUUUUGGGAGAAGGCCGUUAGGAACAAUGUGAUGAAACACAUUAUUGAUCUCAUGAAGAUCAAGCCUCUGUGUGAGGAAGACAAAACAGCAAAAUUACAAGUGUGUUCCAAAUAUCUAGAAACAUUCACUCAAGUGAAGGAAAGAGAAAAUGAUUUCGUUGACUUAUCUGUUGAUCUAUUGGUCGGUAUGAGGGACUUGAUCAAAACUGACUCGAGGUAUUACCAAGCCCUGUUUCGUGAUGGGGAGUGUUUCUUACACAUCGUGUCUCUGUUAAAUGGUAACCUCGAUGAAGCAAAUGGAGAGAAGUUGGUGCUAAAUGUCCUCCAAACGCUAACAUCUCUGCUUGCAAAUAACGACGCCUCAAAGUUUGCUUUCAAAGCCCUUGCUGGUAAGGGCUAUCAGACACUGCAAAGCUUAUUGCUGGAUUUCUUCCAAUGGCAACCUACCCAAAGACUCCUAGAUGCUCUACUUGACAUGCUUGUUGAUGGCAGAUUUGAUGAUAAAGGCAGUGCUCUUAUAAAGAAUGAAGAUGUUAUCAUACUUUACUUAAAUGUACUUCAGAAGAGCAGCGAGUCUUUGCAGUGUUAUGGGCUAAAUUUGUUUCAGCAACUCCUUAGGGAUUCCAUAUCAAAUCGUGCUUCAUGUGUUCGGGCAGGAAUGCUCAACCUUCUUCUCCAUUGGUUUUCUCUGGAAGAUGCUGAGAGUGUUAUCUUGAAAAUAACACAGCUAACUCGGACAAUUGGUGGCCACAGUAUUUCUGGGAAGGAUAUUCGUAAGAUCUUUGCUCUUCUCCGGAGUGAAAGAGUGGGUAACCAACAGAAAUACCGCUCACUGUUAUUGGCUUGUUUGUUGUCAAUGCUGAAUGAGAAAGGACCAACAGGCUUUUUUGACAUGAACGGGGUUGAUUCUGGCAUUGUGAUCAGAACACCUGUUCAGUGGCCUAUGAAUAAGGGGUUUUCCUUCUGCUGUUGGCUUAGGGUAGAAAGCUUUCGUGGAGAUGGAAAAAUGGGUAUCUUCAGUUUUAUGUCAAAAAAUGGGAAGGGCUGCUUUGCCGCUGUUGGGAACGAUGGAUUGUCUUAUGUUUCACUGAAUCUGAAACGGCAAUGUGUAAAUGUGCACACCAACUUGGUCAGUAAGAAGUGGCAUUUUAUUUGUGUUUCCCACAGUAUUGGAAGAGCUUUCUGGGGUGGUAGCCUCCUGAGGUGUUAUGUUGAUGGGGAGCUCGUAUCAUCUGAAAGAUGCAGUUAUCCAAAAGUUACUGAUGUACUUACCAGUUGCUUCAUUGGUACAAGUAUCACGUUGCCACAUAUCCAAGAUAACGAAGGCCUGGAAUCCAUCCGAGACGUGUUCCCAUUUUUUGGCCAGAUCGGUCCAAUUUACUUGUUUAAUGAUGCCUUGUCUUCGGAUCAAGUUCAGGCCAUCUAUUCGCUAGGACCAUGCUAUAUGUAUGCAUUCUUAGAGAAUGAGAUGACUGGUCCCUUUUCUGAUAGUCCAUUUCCUAGUGGUAUCCUUGAUGGAAAAGAUGGGCUUGCAUCUAAGGUUUCCUUUGGACUCAAUGCACAGGCGAGUGAUGGUAGGAGAUUGUUUAAUGUCUCUCGGGUGUCAGAUCAUUUACAAGAUAGGCUCGUAUUUGAGGCUGAUAUUAUGGUUGGCACUCAGCUAUGUUCGCGGCGCUUGCUCCAGCAGAUAAUUUACUGUGUCGGAGGGAUAUCUGUUUUUUUCCCUUUGAUUACACAAACUGAUAGAUGUGAAAGUGAAGCACUUCAAGAGGAAACUUCAUCAAUACCUGCUCCAGAAGAGCGUAUGACAGCAGAAGUUAUUGAACUUAUUGCUUCUGUCUUGGAUGAAAAUCCAGGAAAUCAGCAACAGAUGCAUCUUCUCUCUGGAUUCCCCAUACUAGGAUUUUUGUUACAGUCUAUUCAACCGAAGCAACUCAAUCUAGAAACACUUUCAUCCUUGAAACACCUAUUCAAUGUUAUUUCAGGAUCUGGGUUUGCUGAGCAGCUUGUGGAGGAUGCUAUAUCAAGCAUUUUCCUUAAUCCUCACAUUUGGAUCCGUGCAACCUAUAAUGUGCAGCGUGAACUUUACAUGUUUCUCAUUCAACAGCUGGAUAAUGAUCCGCGACUUCUGGGAAGCCUUUGUCGACUCCCAAGAGUUAUUGACAUAGUAUGGAACUUUUACUGGGAAUCGGAGAGAUACCGUUCUGCUAAAGGAAGCAAGCCUCUUAUGCAACCAGCAAGAACUAUUGCAGAAAGACCAAGUAGAGACGAAAUUCAUAAAAUUCGUCUCCUUUUACUGAGCCUAGGUGAAAUGAGCCUGAGGCAUAAUAUCACAUCAGGGGACGUAAAAGCUUUGAUAGCAUUUUUCGAGACAUGCCAGGAUGUAGCAUGCAUCGAAGAUGUUCUGCAUAUGGUUAUUCGUGCAAUUUCUCAAACAUCAGUCCUUGCUUCUUUUCUUGAACAAGUCAAUCUUAUUGGUGGAUGCCACAUUUUCGUCAAUCUUCUUCAGAGGGAUUACGAGCCGAUAAGGUUACUGAGCUUGCAGUUCCUUGGAAGGCUUCUUUAUGAUGUACCUUCAGAGAAAAAAGGACCUAGAUUUUUCACUCUUCCCGUUGGAAGAACUAAAUUUCUUUCACAAGGGAAUAAGAAAAUUGGUGGUAGAACGCAACCAAUUUUUGUUGCCAUGUCUGAUAGACUGUUCCAAUAUCCUCAGACAGAUAACUUGCGUGCAACCUUGUUCGAUGUUCUUCUUGGUGGUGCCAGCCCCAAACAGGUAUCAAUUCAAGAGUGCUGAUUUUAAUCGGUUUUCCUACUCAAU